AUGGCUCGAGUACCGGGGAAAGGUCUGGUGGCUCUUCUGCUCGUUGCUGUCGUCAGCUUGCUGUACGUGACGCAAGUCGCGUCAGCUUAUACCGGGUACCAGCAGUUGGUAGCGAAGCUGACGAAGAAGGGAUACAGCACCUCCCUAGCCGCGUGGCAAACGUCUGGCCUGAACAACACACUCAAGGAAUGGCUCCCAAAGUCUCAGAUGACAAUACUUGUGCCGCGCAACAGCGCGUUUGACAAGCUCACGGGCAGCUUCCAGUACUCGAAGCUCAAGAAGAACCCAUCGGCGCUGCUGCAGGUCAUGUCGUUCCACGUGUGGAAGCAACGCUUCUACCAAUCCACUCUCGGGCCGCUCGCAGUUGGAACGCAGUUUGGCACCCUGGAUUACAAGUUUGUUAUGAGGAAGACAGGCGCAGCAACGUACAACAAGCUUGGAGCUACGGGAGGGCUCAAGAUUGUAGAGCCAGACCUUUAUGCGGACCGGCAGGUUAUCGUGCAUGGCGUUGAUACCGUCAUCAUCCCACCCAAGAUUUUAUAA